UUAUUUUUUUCCAGAGCGAUGGUGUCAGGGCAGGUGAUCCUAUCGGUCUACAUCCUCACCUUCUUGAUCGGCCUUCCCGCGAACCUCCUCGCCUUCUAUGCCUUCGUCAAGAAGAUCUGCGAGAAACCCACCCCGACCGACAUCCUGCUCCUGAACCUGACCAUCUCCGACCUCCUGUUCCUGCUCUUCCUGCCCCUGAAGAUGUACGAGGCGGCGUCUGAGAUGCGCUGGUUCCUCCCCGGCUACCUGUGCCCCGUCACCACCUUCGUCUUCUUCUCCACCAUCUACACCAGCUCGGUCCUGCUGAUGGCCGUCAGCGUCGAUCGCUAUCUGUGCGUGGCGUUCCCCGUUCAGUACAAGGUCCACCGCAAGCCCCUGUACGGCGUCAUCUGCAGCGGCUUCAUCUGGAUCACCACCUCCACACACCUCUGCUUCGUCUACAUCGUAGAUCACCUGAGUAGAAACGAGAACCCCGCCCAGGACUGCUACAACAACUUUACUCAAUCCCAGCUGGACGUGGUGCUGCCCAUGCGUCUGGAGCUGUGCGUGGUCCUCUACUUCCUCCCACUCUUGGUUUGCACCUUCUGCUACACAAAGUUCAUCCUCAUUCUCCGGCGUACCUCCAGUCUCAACGAGGGGAAGCGGCGGAGGGCGGUGGGCAUGGCUGUGGGGACGCUGCUGGUCUUCGUCUUGUGCUUCCUGCCCUACAACAUCACCCACAUUCAGGGGUUCAUCAUCCAGGAGGACGUCUCCUGGAGGUCUGACGCCUUGCUCCUCACCACGGUCAACACAGUCUUCGACCCAAUCACCUUCUAUUUCUCCUCGGCAGCUUUCCAAGGGAAUUUGAAGGCUCUGCUGAGGCAGGGGGUCAAGACCAUGUACCCUGGCGCUGGGGUAACUAACGUCAGUACUAUUCAGAAUGCAGUGAGGCAGGUUGGACAGACUGUAAACUUGCAGAACAACCAUCUAGGUGCAUCUCAGUGGCAACAGAGAAACGACUGGUCUUGUCGAGCAGUUUGACGCUUGGUGUACCCAUGGUAUUGGGUAUUGACCAAUAGGUGACUUGUCGAAACUAAAAAAAAAAGAUGAACUGUGCAUCUCUAGGUUCAAGUGGUCUCAAGUGGACUAUUGACAAGACAAGACAAGACAAUAUGUGCUGGAAGUGAGGGUUGUUACGGGCCAUACUCAAGGACAAUGACUCUAGUCCAGACUUUCAGGUGUGAAACACCCUUAAACACACCUAGCUGCCUUUAUAUCGUCGCUGUCUAAUGAAAAACAAGUAUCUCCAUUUUUGUCAAUAUUUAGUUUAUUACAUAAAUUGAACAGACAAACUGUCUCAAGACACUGUGCCACAAUUCAGGGCUUCAUCAUCCAAGAGGACGUCUCCUGGAGGUCUGACGCCUUGCUCCUCACCACGGUCAACACAGUCUUCGACCCAAUCACCUUCUAUUUCUCCUCGGCAGCUUUCCAAGGGAAUUUGAAGGCUUUGCUGAGGCAGGGGGUCAAGACCAUGUACCCUGGCGCUGGGGUAACUAACGUCAGUACUAUUCAGAAUGCAGUAAGACAGGUUGGACAGACUGGAAACAUGCAGAACAACCAUCUAGGUGCAUCACAGGGGCAACAAAGAGACGAC